CCCUCAGCAAGCCUGGCGUGAGUGUGAUUCACUUCAUAUAAAGCCCAACCGAAACACUCGUAAGGGACACUACACUAUCCUACCAUUUCUCUACAAUGGACCUUCUCUCUUACUCUCUCUUCUCUCUGCUUCUCACUUUUCCUUUUGCUUACUCUCGAAGCUUAUCACACAGCUCUACGACUAUAAUUCUUGAUGUCAAAGCUUCGAUUCAGAAGACCAAAGACAUUUUCUCUACUGAUGCUAAAACGACUAUGCCGUUUAAUCAACAAGGGAAAGGUUCAUCUUCUUCGUCUUGGGUGACAAUGGAGCUACAUUCUAGAAAUUCGAUUCAAAAGACUUCACAUACUGACUACAAAUCACUUACCUUAGCUCGACUCCAGCGUGACUCCGCCCGAGUCAGAUCUCUCACUACUCGUUUAGAUCUUGUCAUUCAAGGCUUUUCCACUUCAGAUCUUAAACCGCUUGGUAGUGAUUUGGAGUUCAAAGCUGAGGAUUUACAAGGUCCUAUUGUGUCUGGGACCAGUCAAGGAAGCGGUGAGUAUUUCUCCCGAGUUGGAAUCGGAAAACCGCCGAGUUCUGUUUAUUUAGUGCUUGACACCGGCAGCGAUGUCAAUUGGCUUCAAUGUGCACCCUGCGCCGAUUGCUACCAGCAAGCCGACCCGAUUUUCGAGCCGGCUUCGUCGACUUCGUAUUCGCCUCUUACUUGCGAUUCUAAAGAGUGCAAGUCUCUCGACGUGUCUGAGUGUCGCAACGGUUCUUGUCUUUACGAAGUGUCCUACGGAGACGGUUCGUACACUGUUGGCGAUUAUGUUACUGAGACUAUCACUCUCGGCUCGGCUUCUGUUGAAAAUGUAGCCAUCGGCUGUGGACAUAAUAAUGAAGGCUUAUUUGUUGGAGCCGCCGGUUUGCUAGGACUUGGCGGGGGCUCACUUUCUUUUCCGUCUCAGAUUAAUGCUACUUCUUUCUCUUAUUGUUUAGUGGAUCGUGACUCUGACUCGGCUUCGACUCUCGAGUUUAACUCACCUAUCCUACCUAGCGCCGUUACUGCUCCAUUGCUUCGAAAUCACGAGCUGGAUACGUUUUAUUAUAUUGGGAUGACUGGACUCAGCGUAGGUGGUGAGUUGUUAUCGAUUCCUGAGUCAGCAUUUAAAAUCGACGAGUCAGGAAACGGUGGGAUAAUAGUUGACUCAGGCACAGCCAUAACUCGGCUACAAACAGAUGUGUACAACUCUCUACGCGACGCAUUUGUCAAGGGCACGGAGGGUUUGCCUUCAACGAACAGUGUGGCUUUGUUUGACACGUGUUACGAUCUGUCGUCAAAGUAUAGCGUUGAGGUCCCAGCGUUGUCGUUUCACUUCCCGGAUGGGAAGGUGUUACCGUUACCAGCAAAGAAUUACCUGAUACCGGUUGAUUCAGACGGAACGUUUUGCUUUGCAUUUGCCCCAACGGCCUCGGCGUUGUCAAUUAUUGGGAACGUACAGCAACAAGGGACACGUGUCAGUUUCGAUCUGGCUAAUUCACGCAUUGGAUUCGAGCCUAAUAAAUGCUAACGGUUAAUGGAAAAAUAUUUAUUAUUAUUAUUUAAUUCUUAGUGACUGUUUUACCCUUAGCAAUUAAAAUAUUUUACUACCAUUUAUGAGUGGAAGAAGGUGCAACUUUCAUAGGUGAUGAUGUAUAUAUAAACGACAAUGAAAUGUAACCGUUACGCUGUUUCUGUUGUUGCAUUGCACAAGUGGUAUUGCAAUUGGGGUGAGGAACCCUUCACUCGUGCAGGAACUUUGGGAGAGAUUUUUCUUUUUAAGUUUUUAUUGGGUGACUAAGUAGCUUUUUUGGUGGCAUUGAGGAAUAGGUCACGUGCAAUUCAUGGAUUGGCUGAAGAAGUUUUGACCUUAACAAUUUAACAAGUAUUGUCUUUUUAUGUCAGAAAA